AUGGUGGCGAGCGAAGUCCUUGGCACUCCCAUGUAUCUGACCCGCUGUGCUAGCGUCAUGGCUAAGGUGACGGAACAACUGGAUAUUGGUGACGAUUGUUGGUGGGUAAUUAGCCGCCGCGGCCAAGAUUAUGUCCUGCCUAGCCCUAUCCGGUUCUUUAUUGACUUUAAUAAUAUGAUUACAGAAGCAAUGUUACGCAGCAUGAAGCUUGCUCCUCGCAUAAACACAAAGGUCAAGGCUAAAGACGAGAUCACUCUUUUCUAUGGUGGAGACUAUUUCGGUAAAAAUAACGUCGAAUGCCGAUGCUUCACCUGUAGGACUAUCAAAGGCAAAGCGCCCAGUCAAAGUUCCUCCCGCUCUGGUUCCAAAAAGCAUUGA